GUUAGCUUGGGGACCAGUGACACAGUGUUUCUUUGGCCUCAGCAGCUUCAUCCAGCUGUGGAGGGUCAUAUCUUCUGUAACCCUGUGGAGAGAGAGGCGUACAUGGCUCUGCUGUGCUUUAAGAACGGAUCUCUGACCAGGGAACGCAUCAGGAACGAGUGUGCUGGAGGAUCAUGGGAAGUUUUUUCUGCUGCUUUGAGGGACACGCCGCUCGGGAACAAUGGAAACAUCGGCUUGUAUUUCGACACCAUGGAGAUCACUCCUGCUGCAGUGGGAGUUCAUCGCUUUGACUCGGACGACACUGAGGUGUCCUCAUUCAGUGAUCAGGUGGAGGUGCGUGCUCUGGUUGAGGGUCAGUUUCUGUCGAGGAGGGUUCACGCAGAGAGACUGGGAUACGCCCUGAGAACCAGAGUUCUGGCGACAGGAGGAGCUUCAUCCAACAGAGAGAUUCUGCAGGUUUUGUCUGAUGUGUUUAACGCUCCGGUCUUCACCAUCGACGUGUCCAACUCGGCCUGCCUGGGUUCAGCCUACAGAGCUGCUCACGGUCUGGUGUCAGAAUCUGGAGUUUCCUUCUUUGAUGUGUUGAAGAACGCUCCUGAACCACAGCUGGUCGCCACGCCACACCCAGCAGCACAGGAGGUUUAUGUCCCCAUGUUGAAGCGAUACUCCCGAUUGGAGGAGAGGGUCCUGCAGCAGAGACCCACCUGAGCUGCAGCAGCCAAUCAGAUCUGCUGAUGGAAAUCAACAUUUUCACCAAGUAAAUCACUGACCAGUCAAUCAAAUAAGUUUUUAUUAAAAACUAUUUGAAAGAUUAAGUUUAGUUCAGUGUUGUUAGAUUAGUGCAGUUGACUGAUGAGCAACAUUAUGAACCGUUGUAGAAUCAGUCAACAGAAGGAAAAUCAGCAACCACAGAUUAGAUUUUAAACAGUGGGACUUGUUCAUGUAUAAAUAAAGUUGUUUUAAAGUUGAAA